CUUCAGAGACACUUCAGAGACGCUUCAGAGACACUUCAGAGACGAUAAUGUUGAAGUUUCCUCUUCACUUCCUGUUGCUGGCGGUCCCUGUCGUCAUGGCAAUGCCUGAGCCCUUCUACUCAGGCGACGGGGAGUCUCCUCGCUUCCUUCCUCCGAUGCCUCCUUACCCGCCCAUGGACGGCCCCGAACAUUAUCCCGACGGAGACAACAUGACGGGGACCCCGGACGGCGCAGUGGAGGCUUACUGUCAGAUGCUGCUGCAGGGCCCGGAGCCCGUCCCCGCAGACCACAUCCCCUGGUACUGUCUCUGUACACACUGUAAGAGCAGCCAGGGGCCCAAAGGGGACAGAGGAGACCGUGGACCACCAGGUCCUCCCGGCAGUCCUGGACCACGAGGGUUGACUGGGUUCAGAGGUCCUCCAGGUUUCGUGGGCAGACCAGGAGUCAAAGGACAGAAAGGAGAUGAGGGACUGAAGGGGGACCGAGGACUGCAGGGCUUUAUGGGAUCCAAAGGAGAGCGAGGCUUUAAAGGGGAGAAGGGGGAGCCAGGUCUUGAGGGACGUAUGGGGGAUCAGGGUCCCAAAGGAGACAAUGGCAUCUGUCCCGGUGACUGUGAGGCAAUUGAGGGUCCCCCAGGACCUCCCGGUGUUCCUGGCCCUGUGGGGGUCAGAGGUCCACAUGGUGAACCAGGACUGCUGGGACCUAAAGGACUAAAGGGAGACAUGGGUGAGAUGGGUCACCCUGGUGUUCCUGGAUCUGAGGGGUUGAAGGGAGAACCAGGACCUAUGGGGGACUGUAACUGUACAGACGGAGAGGAUGGGGCCCCAGGACAGAGGGGGGACAAGGGAAACAAAGGGGACCAGGGACAGAUGGGGCCCACAGGGCCGAUAGGGACACAGGGUAUAAAGGGAGACAUGGGGCCCAUGGGGAUGAUGGGUCGUCCCGGUCCCUGCAUGCCCGGCGUCCAGUCAGCCUUCGCUGCAGGGCUGACGACCAGUUUCCCCCCACCCCUCGCCCCUGUCAUCUUCGCCCACGUUCAUUACAACAUCCAGGGGAGCUAUGACCCCGCCUCUGGCAUCUACACCGCCCCCGUCAACGGCACCUAUGUCUUCAGCUUCCACGUCUCCGUCUACCAGCGAGUCCUCAAAGUUGGCCUGUUCCAUAACUUCCAGGCAGUCGUCAUAAACACAUGCGUCAAACCAUUUGGGACAACCUCGCAGUCCGUCGUCCUCCACCUGGCCCGCGGGGACAUCGUGUGGGUCCAGGUGAAGGACGCCGUCACUAACGGCAUGUACGUCAGUAAUGAAGCCAGCAGCACCUUCUCCGGCUUCCUGCUCCACCCUGACACGUGUGACAUGCCCUUACUGAGAGCGCCCAUCGUACCUGUGAAUGGCACCUACACCUGGCCUGCGUCCUCAGACCCUAUGCCCACCGCUGCUGAUGAGUAAAUGCUCACCGCUGACCUGUAGGACAUAAAUUAUUGUAGAUCCAUAAUGUGCUUUUCCUAAAAUCAUUUAACACCAAUCAACCGACAGACGAUCAGAUUCAACUGCCAAAAUUACCCCCAAAUUAGCCGUCGCCAAGUUAACCAACCAGAUAAAUCCAGAUUAUUAACCCCGCCCCCACAGCCCAGUUUAUUGUGAUGUCACUGCGUCGAUCUGUCACACCUGAAGAAACUGUUGGCAUCAUACGUUUCUACAAACCACCAAUACGUUACAUCUUACUGGUCCUGACAGCGAGGAAAGAUGGCUGCCUCUCUGUUCUGUGUUUGUGUUCCUUGCAACUUUUCAACCACCAGCCAUUUUCAGCCGUUUCCCAAAAACCCUAAUUUUAUACCCGUAAACGUUUUCCGAACGUUUUCCAAUGCGUUUUUGUACCUUAACGUAACCUCGCUGUCACCACAACAUCGCUGAAAGGUAAAGUUUAAACUCACCACAUGUCACUGGUCAUCAGUGACCUUCACAUUUAAAUCUGACACGCUGGGUUUCCUCUGCCGUCUGUUGUUGACGUUCCAAGGCGGCGGGUUGUUUCCUGUUCAUUAGAUUCAGGCCUAAUCCACACGAGCAUGGGUAUUUUUAAAACCGAACUUUUUUGGCCUCCAGUUUUUAAAAAAUCUGCAUCCAUACAAGCGAUGUAAUAAAAAUACCUCCGUCCACAUGACACCGCAAAUUCCACUAUCAAGCAAUGUAAUACACAUGCCAAAGCAGUAGGUGGCAAUAUAACUCCCAACUGUAAGGCCAUUGUAGCCAAUCAGAAGGCAGUAAAACAUCAUUACCGGAAAAACAACAAGAGGUGUCGGUGUGUUGGGGUACUAUUAUGCAGCAGGAGCAGUCUCCGUAAUAGCACACUCUUGCGCCUCUGUUGCUGGAUGUGGUUGAGUAGCGUUAGUUGUAUGAUACAGCCACAAAGUGCUGAUAUGCUGCUAAAUAGCAGCAGUAUUUUGUUUAGGUUCAUUCUCAAAUCGUCUCUCGCACACACUGGAUCGGGUAAUAACACAGCUGUUGUCUGUUUACGUCACACACUGUGACGUCAUACAAUGGAGACGAGACAAAAUAACUGCAGUUAUCCUGUCCACACAUGACUGCUGACACCGGACUUUUCCAAAAAGUUCACCCUGGACUCCGGUUACAAAUAACUCCGGUUACAGGGGCCCAAAACUGCGGUUACGUGUGGAUGAAAGGCCAAACUGUGAGCAAAGAGUCACGGUUAUAUAAAUACCUGCGUUGGUGUGGACAGCCCCUCAGACAGUCUUUUCAAAAUAAACCUUUGUCAGUGAAACUCAUUAAUGGUUUAACUCAAUAUCCACACAGGGAGUAAACAGCAGGCUGCUGGAUCAAAGUCCAGGGUUUGUUGGACCCACCUACCUCCCCUCCCCUCCCCUCCCCUGCCCCGUAGGGACUGUCCAGCUCUUUCAGCCGGUUCUCAUUCUGACGUUGUCAAAUACCGUCAUGCUGUCAUCAGACACCUGACACCAAACCUUUGUCAUUGUUAUGAUUCGCUGUCAGCCAGCUGUACGGCACCUGUCGCAGCUGUAUGAUACGCAGCUGGGCGGCGUCAUGUUGAAAUGCUGUCGGUAAAGAUGUAAUCUACGGAGCUGGAUAGUCCCUACAGGACCGGUGGGAGGGAAGGUGGGCGGGUCAGCCUGAUGUUCACUUAUUGUGUGAACGUUGAGGCAAACCAUGAUGUUUUCUGUAAAUCUAACCUUUUGUUGACAUCCUGGUGUUGAUUGUGGCGUCCCAAAACAUCAGCAGCAGGAGGAACCGAGUGCGUAAUAUGUAGACAUCAAAGUCCAGAGACAGAGCGGCGAUAUGUGAUGAGCUGUGGUGAGCAUUUGGGUUGGGCAUUUGGUGUCACGCGCUGACUCUGUCCAGCAGCAUCAUGCGCUGACUCUGUCUGGCGAGACAUGAAGAUGACACAGGACGGCCCGUCUGUCCAACUGAAGUCUGUACUUCUUUCCAUGAAGGUUUAAACCUUUAGCUCUAACAGCUGGCUAGCCUUCCAUCAUCUACUGAGCUCACUCCUGCAGUGGUGAUGUUUUUACCCAGAAGGCAAAGUGUACGAGCCAGUCACAUGUCACAACGUUAAACACUUUGAACCAAAAGAUGUUUAAAAGUAGAAACAUAAAGAAAAUAUUCCUGAACCUGUGGUGUUGUACUGACGUAGUGCUUUUAUUUUGAAAGAGACUGU